AUGCCAGUUGGGGGAACCCGAAUCUUGUCUGCUGGGACCUCUGCCAACAUACCUGAGUCUUCGAAUCCAGUAACAACGAACACCAUGAAAGACUCGACUUCGUCAUGGGCUGCAUGGAGCGAACCUGCGGAAGAAAGCCCUGUUCCCAGCACACCGCCAACAAGUUGCUAUGACAAUCCUAGUUCUCCAAGUAGCCUCAAGGGCGUUGUGCCCAUUGCCGCAGCUCCUCCACAUCCAGCGAAAAAGGCAUUUCCUGGAGUACCUCUUAUACCCGGGGUAACCGGAAAACCACAAAGCCACUAUGGAAAGAGCAAUAUGGGCAAUGAGACGGCCGAAGCUAUAAACGUACACGACCUACCGGGCUUGGUGGCAAUGCAAGGCGGUGCCAGUGCUGCCCCCCAGGAAUGGGCGCGCCAUGAUAAGAUUACAUAG